GUAGUUCUGAUGCCGCAGGGAAAUAAAUAUUUGCACUGAUAAUUGUAACAUAACUAAUUGUUUUCUGUGUUAAAUUAUUUAGUCCGCAGAGGAACAGAUAUAUAUAUAUCGUUGUUUGUUGUAUGACCGAGUAAGGCUGGGAUGCAGGUUAGGUAACCUAGUGCAAUUAGUGUGCGUGGUAAAUUGCAUCGGUUGGGCAGUCAUGUUCGGUCAUGUUCAUGCCGUUCUUGUCGGUUUUGUAAGACAAUGGUGAGAGAGAUGAAACAAUUCAUGAGUUCAAAGUACAGUAUAUCAAGGCUGAUGAAGACAUGUCAGUUUGCUUAUGAACCUUAGGAAGCUGACGAUUCGUGGAGAGCGAAAAAUAAUGUUCCACAAUAACCAUAGAGGUUACAUUAAUCUUUUUUAUUAUGUCACAUGAAGCUAAUUGAGAGUUAUAAGAACAUAAGAAAUUAAUGCAAUUUUAUUUGUAACUAAAGGGUGAGGACAAUGGAUGUAGUAACAACAAAAUGGAUAGUGCUUGUUACAUUAUUUGUCACAACAUUUAUAUUCAGCAUGCUUCCGCUGAAGCUCAUUUCAAGUCUUCGUAACACAGCUGAUCAUUUAAAACGGGCGAGAUUUGGCCGUAUCAUAAGCUUGCUCAGUUGUUUUGCUGCUGGAGUAUUUAUGGGUACAGGACUGUUACAUCUGUUCCCAGAUGUCACCGAGAUGUUGAGUAAGGCAAAUGUUAACUUAUACAUGAGGUCUUCUUUCCCGGUGGCAGAAUUCACAGUUGCAUUCGGAUUUUUACUGGUCUUGGUUCUUGAACAAAUAGUUCAGGAAUGUAAAGAAAGACGCACUGAAUAUAACAUGCUACAAGGUGGAACUGUAAGGUCAAACCCAGCAAACCAAUCACAAGUCCCAGAAGCAGAGCAUCAAGUUGAAGCUGAUUCCAGCAGAACAGUGAAUGUUCCAGUCUAUCAUGAACCAGAGCCACACCCAGUACUGCGCGCACUUGUUCUUUUAUUUUCACUCUCCCUGCAUUCCUUAUUAGAAGGUUUGGCUGUUGGAUUACAAACAGAUGUAUCUGAUCUUAUCCAGAUCUUUGUAGCUGUUGUGAUUCACAAGACAGUUAUAGCAUUUAGCUUGGGACUUAGUCUCGUGCAGACAGAGCUUUCUUUGGCAUCUAUUAUCAAGUCCAAUUUGCUGUUCAGCAUCACUUCACCACUGGGAAUAUGUUCUGCAAUAGCGCUACAGCAAUUUGGACACAGUUUAAAUUCAUCUAUUACAAAUGGUAUUCUCCAGGGACUAGCAUGUGGUACAUUUGUAUAUGUUACCUUCUUUGAGGUACUUCCUCAUGAACUCAAUCAGAAAGAAAAUCGUUUAUUAAAGCUGCUGGCCUUGUUACUUGGGUUUUCUGUGGUUUGUUUUGUUCUUUUCCUAGAUCCAGCAGAGUCUCCACACUGUUCACAUCCGUAAAACCAAGUAACAGUGUUUUGUUAUAGUCAGCUUAGAAUAAAUAGACAUCUGGAAUUACAUGUCAACUAUAAAAUGAAAGAGUUGAAAAAGUUCAUUUCUGCAGAUAUUUGAUAGUACAGUUAUGCUAACAUCACAGCAGUGUGUGUUUGAGACACUACAGUAACAACUAAAGCAGAAAAAAAUGUCAAUAAAUUGUCCUUAAAACACAGUUAAAGCUACCCCUGUAGGGUUGUGAGAUGUUGAAGCUCCCACA